CUUAUCAGCUUUUUUUUUUCAUAUGUUAGAGAAUGAUGAUGAUCAAAUAUCAUAAUUUGACAACAAAAUUACAAUAAGAAAAACGAGUAGAAACCAGAUGUUCUUUUGCCUUAAUGACGGAAAGUUGUAAUCGUACGACGUUCAUAAUUUUUAUUGCGUAAGCAUGUGAAGGCGUGGAACAACCAUCCAAUGGGUGGACAAUGCGCACACUGCCAUCCCACUGAAACCAGUGAGUGACUGCCCACUACGGCACCUGCAGUUCGCGUUUUGAAGCCGCACACGCCUGGUUUUGCCUUUUUGUACACACCUCCAUUGAAGCUUCCAUGACGAACUGGGAAACACUAUCGAAUACGACAUCCUAUAGUUCGCUGAAAUUCUCUGCGCGAACACAAAAACACAAGCAUUCUUCUAUUUCAACCAACAGAGGAAUAUAUUCAGCCGUGACAAAAUCAGUCACCCCUUCGGUUGCCAAUGACUUGGAAGAAACGCUUCCUGUGCCCUAUGCAGCAUACAAUGAUGAAGAUGAAGCAUUGCCAUCCCCGGACACGUUGGGUAGAGACGAUAGCACACAACAAUCGGCUUCUCGUUUUCGACGAAUCCUAAUGAUCGGUAUCCCUUUGAUUUUCUUACUGUACAUAAUCUUUCCGUCACUCCUUUUAUCAAACUACGUUGUAUUCCAACAUCUGCACACCAUUUUUCGAUCAACGUUUAUGUCGCUGCAACGUAUGCCAAUCGCACUUGCACAGGUAUGCAGAGAUCAUGUGAAGCCUCGAUUACUCCUGACAGCGUCACGACUGGUACAACACGCUGUACAUGCCGGCGAUUAUAUGAUUGAAACAGUGGAGAACGGCAUCCAUCAUUUCAACACGUUUUACUGGUCGAUGAACGACACGAUGCAUUGGAAGGAACUCCAGGGUGUGCGCCAUAUGUUGGCGGCAAAAGAUUACAUUCACACACUAAUUCAACAUCAGCUUCGUCGUGUGCUUGUCUCUCAUCAAUUGCGCGUAUGCUUCGAUAGAAUCGCUCCAUUCGUUAUUCGGAUAUCAGUCUAUAUCGAACAAGUCGCCAGGAUGCUCUUCUCUACAUUGCAAGAAUUGUUUGCAAGUAUGAGAAAUUAAUCACCCACCGAAAUGAAAGUACGCUUUCUACUGUUGCUUGCCAUUGGUAGAUUUAGGGAUCUUUUGUACAUAUAUACGUAUUUAGAGCAAAUUAUCUUUCUUUUUUCUUUACAAUCUUUUUACGACCGCAAUAUUAAUAUACGACUCUGCGAAGGCUGAUU